GCGGCGGGCAGGGCUGGGCCGGGCCGGGCCGGGCCCCGCCGGGGAGCGAGGCUGCCGGCAUGGCUCUGGAUUUCCUCGCGGGAUGCGUCGGCGGUGCUGCUGGAGUGCUUGUAGGACACCCAUUCGACACCGUUAAGGUUCGUCUACAAGUUCAAAAUGUAGAGAAACCUCUCUAUCGUGGGACCUUCCAUUGCUUUCAGUCCAUCAUAAAGCAAGAAUCUGCUUUUGGACUCUAUAAAGGUAUUGGGUCGCCAAUGAUGGGGCUUACCUUCAUUAAUGCACUUGUAUUUGGUGUACAAGGAAAUACACUUCGUGCUCUUGGAAAAGACACUCCUCUAAACCAGUUUAUUGCAGGGUCAGCAGCAGGGGCUAUUCAAUGUGUCAUCUGUUGUCCCAUGGAGUUAGCAAAGACAAGAAUGCAGCUUCAAGGAACAGGUGAAUACAAAUUAAAGAUGAAGAACUACAAAAAUUCUCUGGAUUGUUUGAUCAAAAUCUAUCGAAAGGAAGGGCUGAGGGGUAUCAACAGGGGCAUGGUCUCUACAUUCAUAAGAGAGACACCAAGCUUUGGCUUUUACUUUCUGACCUAUGACUGUAUGACCAGAUACUUAGGCUGCGAAGCUGAAGACAGUUACGUUAUUCCCAAACUGAUGUUUUCUGGAGGAAUGUCAGGAAUUGUAUCCUGGCUCUCAACCUACCCUGUGGAUGUGAUCAAAUCCCGGCUUCAGGCAGAUGGAGUUGGUGGAGUCACGCAGUACAAUGGCAUUCUAGACUGUGUCAGAAAGAGUUACCACGAUGAAGGCUGGAGGGUGUUUACAAGAGGUCUUACGUCUACGCUUCUCCGUGCUUUCCCUGUUAAUGCAGCUACUUUUGCUACUGUCACCGUGUUCCUAAUGUAUAUGAGGUCAGAAGAAGACCUUCGCGAAUGUAAGCCAGGCCCAGCAAUCCAGCAGCCUUCAAGUUUGUGAACAUUACAUUUUUGUUCUCUUGAUACAAGCCCUUUCCUCUAUUUUUUUUUUUUAAGUAAACAUUUGACCUGAAGAAGUAGUGUAAAUAUUCUCUCUGUAUAAAAAUUCCUGAAUGUGUCAAAAUUAGGGUUUCAUCUCAUCACUUGUACAAGCAGCUUAUAACUUUACUAAGGAGUUAAUAUCUAACAGUAUCCAAAUAAGAUGGGGACCUGCCUUUAGAAAGUGGUGUACAGAUACUGCUAUGUCUCCAGAAUAGGUUCUGGAGGUUGUCAUAGAAACCAGAAAUCAGGUUUUCUUUCACGCAUGUUCUGAGUGACUGAGUUGAAUUGAAUGUAGAUGUGUUUUCAGAAAAAAAAAUUAAUAUGAUGGGAAUGAUUAUAGUCCUCUACAGUGAAGUGGGGGGUGGGGGGGAGGGGAGGAAAUUAAAUGUUGAUGGCAUUUUGUAGGUAACCUUGAACUGUUGAAGACAUGGAAGAACAUCCAGCUAGCCAUGAGUUUUAUUUUUCACUGCUUUUAUGUCAGUGGUUUAAUAGCAUCUUUGUUCAUAUUGGUUUGCUAAGAACUGAUUUGUUCCUAAGCUACUCUCUCACCUUUCAGCUUUGCAUGAAUAUCUUAAGUGCAGGGUUAGCAUCUAUACUCAUGUCCAUUUGCUCCUUCAAAUUUGAAGGCUAGUAAGGAUUUAAGGUAACUCAAAGCUAGCAAGAUUCAUGUUCUUUGCUUUCACCUCCAUCUCUUAUUUGCUGGGUGCACAGAACGUAUUAACCAGCUUCAGCACAAGUAGACUUUGUUCCCCAAAGUUUGUAACACUGAUUUCUACACAGCACUAGCUGAUAUAUUGCACAUCUAGAGAAGUGGUACAAAGUCCUACCUAUAUGUUAUUGCGCAAAACUUAGUGCAUGCAAUGCUAGCUUAGCAGCUUUAGGUGCUUCAGAAAUACAUACAUCUUUAGCAGUGGAGGUUUCAUACCUUUCCAGAAAAUAGGGACGCAAGUGUCUGAAAUGGUUAAUGUUCAAUGCACUUGCAUUAUGAGUUUAAACAAUACUGGUUUUAAGUGUUUAGUUACAGUGCUACUGGAAGGAAAAUUGAAAAGGGUUUUGGAGAAUCUUCUUGUUACAUUAAUCUGCUUUAUUUUUAGCAGUCUGUUCAAGAGGGAUUACUUCAGUCUAAGAGCUAUAAACAGUUAUUUAACAUUUGGAUUAAGAACCACACACAUUUGACACAAAUAGCCAGGAGAAAGCAGUGCAUGUGUGGGGGAAAAGGGAGCCUUUCAAAAGCAUCUAGCUAGCUCAGUAAGCACUACUUACUACACUUUUGCUUGGGACAUGUGCAAUACGGGUUUAAUUUAGAUUGAUUUUCUAAAGAAACCUCAAUUCACAGCAUUUUGCACUGUAACAAAGUAUGCUGGAGAAACCUGUAAAACUGGUAUGUCUUUUUAUACCUUGGAGGUAUGUUGGAUGUUUUAGUGCCUACUUGCACUGAGAUUCAAAUUGAAUGUUAAACAUCUCUACUAAGCUGCAUAUGCACAACAAUUCAAAGCAAAGACAAUUUACACCUUUGUACAGUAGUCUGUAAUUAUUGUAUAUAAAACUGAGGGAAUAAAUUUUUAAAAA